GAGGCGACUCCAAACUCCAUAACCUCCAAAUCCCCCCCAACCCAACUACUCCCACUACACAACAGUAUCCCCCCAGAACUAGUCUCCCGCUUCGACCCAAUCUACGUCGAGUAUUACAACAAAUACAACGCCGGCCGUCUCCACACGCACGAAGUACCCAUAGAAGACUACCGCAAAGACCCAUCCCGGUACACCAUCGCCUACGGCCGCGCCCCAGGUCCAGAUAUUUUCUCGAUAACAGAGCAGAAAUAUCCGGAGAAUGGUCUGCCGAAGAAGAGAGCUGCUUAUCUCAAUUUUCAUGGAGGCGGGUGGGUGUUUGGUGGGUUAUUGGUUGAUCAUGAAUUUUGUAAGACGAUUGUUGAUGGGCUUGAGGGGGAGUGUGUUGUUUUCGAUGUGGAUUAUAGACUUGCGCCUGAGAAUCCUUUUCCGAUUCCGGUUGAGGAUUGUUGGGCGGCGUUUAACUGGAUCCGCGAACAAAAAGCAAAAGAAUUCAAUCUCGACCCUAACCGUUUCACCAUCGGCGGCGCAUCAGCAGGAGGCCACCUUGCCGCCGUAAUCGCCCAUCUCUGCCGUGACGCGAACAUUCCUUUGAAACUACAGAUAUUGACAGUACCCGUGUGUGAUAUGCAUAAUAGUUUCACGGCUGAUGGCCACUUUGACCGCGACAACUGUCCGUACGAGUCAUACCGGGAAAUGGAAUUUGCACCGGCACUUCCUGCGGCCCGUAUGGCUUAUUUUCAUCGGCAGUUUCUUGGGGUGCCGAGGCCAUUGGCUUCGGGGGAUGAUUGGAAAAUCUCGCCUAUCCUUGCUAGUAAUUUCGAGAAUCUGGCGCCAGCACUGGUGUCGACUGCGGAACUAGAUCCGCUGCGCGAUGAAGGGGAGGUUUAUGCUGGUAAACUGCAAGCAGCGGGGAAUGGGGUUAGUUUGAAUCGAUAUAAGGGUGCCCCGCAUCUUAUUGCUUCGCUUGAUGGGAUUAUGGAGGGUGGACAGUUGUAUAAUCGCAGGGUUAUUGCUGCGUUGAAGGCAGUAGUAGAUGGAUGA